GGAUGUGGAGAAGGUGGAGCGGCAGGCGGUCCCCCAGGCCAACCACACUGAGUCCUGUCAAGAGUGUGGCCGCGUGGGACCUGGACACGCGAGGGAUUGUCCUCAUCGAAGCCAUGAGGAUUCCUUUGGCUUUGAGAGGCGGGAGCAAGAGGAAGAACGGUACCGUUCCCAGAGGGACCCACUGGAGGGCAAGCGGGACAGGAGCAAGGCCAGGUCCCCGUAUUCACCGGCUGAGGAGGACGCCUUGUUCGUGGACUUACCUGGUGGCCUGAGAGGCCAGCAAGCACAGCCCCAGCGGGCAGAGAAGAAUGGGGUGCUGCCUGCCAUGUAUGGCCCAGGAGAGCAGAACGGGACCGGCGGGUAUCAACGGGCCUUUCCUCCCAGGAACAACGCUGAAAAGCACAGCCAGAAGAAGAGCAGCCUGGCCCAGGUGGAGCACUGGGCGAAAGCCCAGAAGGGGGACGGCAGGAGGAACUGUAGUCAAUAUGGGCAGGCAAGGGCAGGUAAAAGCAGAACUAGGGAGGAUAAGAAAGCUAAGGGUUUAGCUCAGAUGAGCCUGUAUUUCUUGCUAAAGAGUUUGGAUUUAGUCUUGGAGGCCUGUGAAAGCCGUCGAUGGUCUGAAGGAUAUUGGCAGGAAAGAGGCAUCGGGACACCUGGGGAGAUUUUUCAGGCUAGACAGUCCUUACUACACCCCAGCUCCAAUACAGCAGAAGGAAAUGAACCACCACCUUGUCUUUUUCAGGAGAAAUCGCAGAUACAGAAGGAUCUCUGGAGGAUUGAAGAUGUCAUUGCUGGCCUGAGUGCAAAUAAAGAGAACUUUAGAAUCCUGGUGGAAUCGGUCAAAAAUCCAGAGAGAAAAACGGUGCCUUUGUUUCCUCACCCCCCUGUGCCUUCACUCUCGACUUCUGAGAGCAAGCCGCCCCCACAGCCCAGCCCUCCCACCAGCCCCGUGAGGACCCCUCUGGAGGUUCGACUCUUCCCCCAGCUGCAAACCUAUGUGCCGUACCGACCUCAUCCACCCCAACUGAGGAAAGUGACAUCCCCUCUUCAGUCACCAACCAAGACGAAGCCCAAAGUUGAAGACGAGGCACCUCCCCGGCCCCCACUCCCUGAGCUCUACAGUCCAGAGGACCAGCCCCCGGCUGUGCCACCUCUGCCAAGGGAGGCCACUGUCAUCCGGCACACUUCAGUGAGGGGUCUGAAACGCCAGUCGGACGAGAGGAAGCGAGACCGGGAGCAGGGGCAGUGUGUGAAUGGGGACUCAAGGGUGGAGCUCCGGUCAUACGUUAGUGAGCCUGAGCUGGUGACUUUCAGUGGGGACAUGGCCCAGCCCUCCCUGGGACUAGUGGGCCCUGACAGCAGGUACCAGACACUGCCAGGCAGAGGGCUCUCGGGGUCCACAUCAAGACUCCAGCAGUCGUCCACCAUUGCUCCCUACGUCACGCUCCGGAGGGGUCUAAAUGCCGAAAGCAGCAAGGUGACCUUCCCUAGACCCAAGAGUGCCUUGGAACGCCUGUACUCAGGGGACCACCAGCGGGGCAAGAUGAGUGUGGAGGAGCAGUUGGAGCGCAUGAAGCGGCACCAGAAGGCGCUGGUCCGGGAGCGCAAGAGGACGCUGAGCCAAGGAGAGAGGACGGGUCUGCCCUCGUCCCGCUACCUCAGCCAACCUCUCCCCGGAGAUCUCGGCUCAUGGAAGCGUGAGCAGGACUUUGACCUGCGGUUGCUGGAACGGGCCAUGCAAGGGGAGAGAAAGGACAAGGAGGAAAAUGGCUGGUUGAAAGUGCAGGCCAUGCCUGUCACUGAGGUGGACCUGGAGCCUCAAGACUAUGACUUGGACAUCAGCAGAGAGCUGGCCAAACCAGAGAAGGUCUCCAUCCCUGAGCGUUACGUGGAGCUGGACCCUGAGGAGCCGCCCAGCCUUGAGGAGCUGCAGGCGCGGUAUCGCAAAGCCGAGAAGAUCCGCAAUAUCCUUGCUCGUUCCAGCAUGUGCAACCGGCCGCCACCCUCAGGCCAGGACCGGAACAGCGUGGCCGACCUGGACUCGCAGCUGCUGGAGCAGGCGCGUAUCAUCAACGUCUCCCACACGCUGGCCUCUGAGGCCUCCCGGCGCAGCAAGCAGGUGGCAGCCCAGGCAGUGACUGACCCGUGACCCAGCGUGCAAAGGAGAAGUCUGGAGCCAGGGACCCAGUGGAACCAGUUUCUUCCGAGAAGAUUGAUCUUUCUUCCCCCAAGGAAACCCCUUCCAGCUCAGCAGGGGUUCUGGCUGGAGGAAGGAGGAGCCCGCCAACUGUGGGGAGUUCACCAUAGGGCUAGGUCCUAACAACCACCCACCCCCCCGAUUUGUUUUAGUUCAGACUCCUUUUUACAUAUGACAAAGGCACUUUUGAUACACACUGUAAAAUACUGACGACGCUGUAUUUUAGAAUCAGGGUAUAUUUUAUAAUGUUCACCUCAAGGGCUGAGUGGCUGGAAAAGGUGAGGAUGCAGGAUUUGGGAGCUGCACAUACAGAUUCAGGUACCGUGUGGGUGGUCGGUGUGUGUUAGGGAGAAGGGCGGGGCAGGCAGAGGCCAGUCCAACAUCCAGUGAACUCAGGUGAAGGUUGGAUUUGAUAUGUGCUUCCAGUGGAGCCCAGCACUGGGCUCAUUGGCAUGCUAUCUGGGGGAAGAAGGGUCCUUAGCUGCAGAGGUCAUCUGUCCCUGACCUAGCCAGAUGACCAGCUCUGAACGGGGAAGCUCCACCAGGCUGCCAUUUGGAGCCCAAGUCUGCGCCUUGGCCCUUGGGUUUGGUUUAGGGGCAGUAGUGUAUUUAAGAGCUUUGGCUCCCAACCUGUUCAUGAGGCUCUCUCAGCAAAGGGCUCUUCUUGGGAAAAACAGAACAGUUUGCUUUAAUUAAAAAAAAUAUAUAUAUACAUUUUGAAAUACAGAAAAGGUGAGAGGAAGCACCUUUUGUUGUAUCAUAAGCAAUAAACUUCACACUGGGUGGCGUCUACCUAAAAACUCCCUGACUCCACGCUAUGCAGUGAUAGGGCUUUGCUGCCUGCCCUGGAGCACCUAGGUCAGCUUCCCCAGAACAUGGGCCUGGUGGCCAGAGGGCAGGCAAUGUGCCCCCAACAUCCCUGAUGGAAGGCAGUAGGAUUUGGACUUGACUUCCAGUCUCCAGAGAGGAGGGGGCUGCCAAGCCAGGCGCAGUGUUUGUGGCCCUUUAGUUAAGUCAUGAGCUCAUGAUAUUCUGCAUACGGAAAAUGAUGUUUUAAGAAAAAAAGAAAAAAAAAAAAAACCUCCAUUGGGUGGGGCCACACUUUAAAUGAAAAUUUGUCUUUGACUAUGGUCGGGAAAAAAAAAAUCUUAACUAUAUUUAGACAUUGCUGUCUAUUUUUAACUAACUCCAUAUGCUGCCAGGAUCAACUUCAUGACAUUUGCCAAAAUAAGAUUUUAUUUUUGCCUUUAUAAGAUUUUGUUGGAAAAAUGAAAUGAAUAUUUUGCAAGAAAAAGUUAAUUUAAAUAAAAGUGUAAUGGUUUGCAAAACAAAAAAUGUGAUGUACAGAUUAAAAUAUUAACCUGA